GGUACAGGUGUCAUCUUGGCAACCGCUUUCAUCCACAUGCUACCCGAAGCACUCGAACAUUUCGACAGUCCAUGUCUCAGUGAAGGAUGGAGAUCAUACCAUGCAUUUGCAGGUGUCUUUUGUAUGCUUGCUUCCUUUGGCCUUCAACUCAUCGAACUUGCCGCUCUGUCCAAUCUUGAUGCACUUGCAAAAAAGAGAGCUCUUGCUGCACAAGCCGACGGCGCAAAGCUUGAUAUCGAAGGUCUUGCAUACUCAAAGGUCGAACCUUCUAAGCUUCAAGAGAGUGUGAGUCCACAUGAACAUAACCACGAUGGUAUCUCUACAGAUGGUCACGUACACACUGCCGGGUUCCUCGAGAACGAUGACAAGGCUAUGCAAAACAUGGGUACUCUGAUACUCGAACUUGGCAUCCUGAUGCACUCUAUCAUUAUUGGCAUUACUCUCGGUACCACAGAUAACGAUGAGUUCACUACACUUUUGAUCACACUUGUCUUUCAUCAGUUCUUUGAAGGUAUUGCACUCGGAACACGUAUUAAUGAUCUUGGCUGCAAGAGCUGGCUCAAACCAACCAUUAUGGGAUCAUUUUUCAUUAUCAUGACACCAAUCGGCGUUGCUAUUGGUAUUGGAAUCCACAGUGCAUUCAGCUCAAACUCUGGUUCAUUUGUCCUCGCCCAGGCUAUUCUAGACUCUCUUUCGGCCGGAAUUCUUCUUUAUAGUGCUUAUAUCUCUCUCAUGAGCAUCGAAAUCAACCACAACGUCGCAUUCCGCAAGUCUCCUACUACUCAAAAGGCUAUUUGCUUCUUAUCGAUGUACAUUGGCGCUGGAUUGAUGGCUUUGCUAGGCAAAUGGGCA